AUGCCUUUCUCUGAUGUGCAGAAAAAGCUGGGCCUUAACAUAGCUCGUUGGGUGACAAUCCAAAGUGCUGAGCAGCCUUACAAGCUUCCAAGUUGUUGCCAUGCUUUUGAAAAGGAAUGGAUAGAAUGUGCCCAUGGAAUCGGUGGUAUCUGGGCAGAGAAAGAGCACAAAAUAGAGUUCGAUGAUUUCAUAGAAUGUAUGCUUCAGCAGAAAAUGAUGAGACGCGUUAGCGCCACCAAGAGACAACAGAAGUUGAUAAAAGAAGGGAAGUACAUGCCUCCACCUCACCGCUUGGGAAAGGAAGAACCCAGGCCCCGAGCAGAGGAGCUGCUGAUGGCUGAAAGCUGA